UCCAGUUUUGAGGAAGAGAAAAAAGAAAAGGAUAAAAAAAGGAAGAAGAAAGGGGAGGAAAAUGACCGGCUAGCAGUAGCGGAAAGCUGGGAUACUGUUCUAUUUGGUCAAUCAAUAAGGGGUUGCUUGUUAAUAGCCCACUCGAUUUUUAGAAAAUAUAUUGGAUUGCCUUCAUUGAUAAUAGCUAAAAACGUCAGCCGUAUCUUAUUAUUUCAACCCCCGGAAUGGAAUGAGGAUUGGAGAGAGUGGGGUAGAGAAAUGCAUGUUAAAUGCACCUAUAAUGGUGUUCAAUUAUCCGAAAUGGAAUUUCCAAAAAAUUGGUUAACAGAGGGUAUUCAGAUAAAGAUCCUAUAUCCUUUCUAUCCGAAACCUUGGAACAGAUCUAAGAAACGAUCUCAUCAUAAAAAUCCAAGGGGAAUAAAGGAAAAUUCUUGCUUUUUGACAGUCUGGGGGAUGGAAACUGAAUUUCCUUUUGGUUCUCCUCGAAGACGACCUUCUUUUUUAAAACCCAUUUUUAAAGACCUAGAAAAAAGAAUAACAAAAAAAAAAACACAAAGUUUUCUAGGUCUAAGAGUUUUAAAAGAAAAAACAAAAGGGUUUCUAAAGGACUCAAAAGAAAAAGAAAGCUGGACUCAUAAAAAGGAUUUUUUUCAAAAAAAAAGAAUAAAAGAGCUUGGCAAAGUAAAUCCAAUUCUAUUAGUUGGAUUGAGAAAAGUAUAUGAAUCGAGUGAAAAUAAAAAAAUUUCUCUCAAAGAAAAUCAGAUAGUUCAUGAAUCGUCAAGUCGAAUUAGAUCAAUGUCUUGGACAAAUUAUUCACUAACAGAAAAAAAAACAGAAGAUCUGGAUGAUAGGACAAGUACAAUUAAGAAUCAAAUUGAAAAAAUAAUAAAUGACAAGAAAAAAACGUUUCUAAUUCCAGAUAGAAAUAUUAAUCCUAACGAUACAAGUUGUAACGAUAAAAGAUUAGAAGCGCCAAAAAGCUUUUUGCGGAUAUUCCAAAGAAGAAGUGCUAGAUUAAUACGUAAACGACACUCUUUUUUAAACUUUUUGAUUGAAAAGAUAUAUAUGGACACCCUUCUAUAUCUCAUUAAUAUUCCCAGGAUCAAUGCACAAUUUUCCCUAGACUUAAAAAAAGGAGAGAUUGAUAAAAAAAGUUACAAUGCUGAAAUAAAGAAAGAAGAAGUUGAAGAAAAAAAAAAAAAAAAAAUUCAUGUAAUUUCGACUAAAAAGAGGGAACUUUCAAAUAUUAGUAAUAAGAAUUUACAUCAUUUUUGUGCCCCAGUUGACUUGUCACAGGCAUAUGUAUUUUACAAAUUAUCACAAACCCAAGUGAUUAACAAAUAUCACAUGAGAUCUGUACUUCAAUAUAAUGGAACGUCUUUUUUUCUUAAAGAUAGAAUAAAGAAAUUUUUUGGAACACAAGGAAUACUUUAUUCUGAAUCAAGACAUAAAAAACUUAGCAAUUUUGAAACGAAUGGGUGGAAAAAUUGGUUAAACAGUCAUUAUAACUAUCAAUAUAAUUUAUCUAAGAUUACAUCGUCUCAAUUAGCUCUACAAAAACAACGAAAUGGAGUCAAUCAAAGUCAUACGAUUUCAAACAAGGCAUCAAGAAAAUUGGAUUCAUAUGAACAAAAAAAUGUAUUUCAUUAUAAGAAGCAAAAUGCUUAUGUAAUGGAUUCAUUAUCGAGUAAAACAAAAAUUUUUAAAAAACAGUAUGGAUAUGAUCUUUUAUCACAGAAAUAUAUCAAUUAUAGAGAAGGGAAGGAUUCAUAUAUUUCUCUAUCACCAUUACAAGUAAAGGGAAGCCGAAAAAUUCCCUAUAACUACAACACAAAUAAACCCCCAAUUUUUUAUAUUCCGGCAGGCAUAUAUAUGAGUCAUUAUCUAGGAGAAGAUUGUAUUGUUGAUACGGAUAAAAAUCCGGAUAGAAAAUAUUUUGAUUGGAGAAUCGUUUCUUUUUGUCUUAGAAAGAAGAUCGAUAUUGAGGCUUGGGCUAAUAUGGAUACUGAGACCCGCAUGGAUAAAAAUACUAAAACAGGAAUUAACUAUUAUUCAAUCAUUAAUCAAAUUGAUACGAAGGAUCUUUCGUAUCUUGCGAUUGAUAAACAAAUAAAACCGUCCAGUGGAAAAAACUUUUUUUUUGAUUGGAUGGGGAUGAAUGAAGAAAUACUAAACCGCCCCAUAUCAAAUCUGCACCUUUGGUUCUUCCCAGAAUUGUUGGGGCUAUAUGAUACAUAUAGGAUUAAACCGUGGAUUAUACCAACAAAAUCACUUCUUUUCCAUUUUAAUGGAAAGAAAACCACCAGUGAAAAUAAAAAGCUAAAAAAAAAAGAUCUUGAAUUAGAAAAUCAAAAUCAAGAAGAAAAAGAAUAAUCAGACCAAGAAGAAAAAGAAGAAUCAGACCAAGAAGAAAAAGAAGAAUCAGACCAAGAAGAUAUUGGAUCAGAUCUAUCAAACCAAGAAAAAGAAGUUAACGAGGAUGACAGUGACUCAUACAUGAAAAAGAGUAGAAAUCAAAAUAAAUGGAAGAGUACCACAGAAGCGGAACUAGAUUUUUUCCUGAAAAGAUAUUUUAUUUUUCAACUGAGAUGGCAUAGUUCUUUGGAUCAAAGAAUAAUUAAUAGUAUCCAGAUAUAUUGUCUCCUGCUUAGACUGAACAAUCCAAAGCAAAUUGCGAUAUCCUCUAUUCAAAGAGGAGAAAUGCGUCUGGAUAUAUUGCUGAUUCAAAAAGAUCUAAAUCUUACAGAAUUGAUAAACAAAGGAGUAUUGAUUAUUGAACCUGUUCGCCUGUCUAUACAAGGAGAUGGACUUUUUAUUAUGUAUCAAACCAUAGUUAUUUCACUGGUCCAUAAGAGUAAUCACCAAACUAAUAGAAAAAACCAACAAAAAGAAAACGGUUAUAAUAAUUCUUUUGAUGAAUCCAUUAAAAGACAUAGACAUGAAAGGGUGCUUGAAAAGAGAGAUGAAAAAAA